GCCUUUAAAGUGAAAAAAGACGAAGAAGAUUAAGAAAAAAGAAAAGAAAACGCAAGUCAGCCCAAGUAAACUUACAAGGGUAUUGUUAUGUGCAUUAGUGGCUAAGCUGAGGCUUGCUGUUGCCGCGCUUCAAACUCAGAUUAUUGCCUCCGCUAUUGGGCGUCAGCCUCUCUCUCAAAGGACCUUCAACUCCGAUAUUUCUUCCCGUCCGUAAAGUUGGGCAUAAACAAACGAACAAUGCGACCGGGUUAAGUGUUAUCACUGUCCAACCGAAAGGUCCAUUAAAGAAAAGAAAAAAAGAAAGGAAAGGAAAGGAAUUCGGCAUUAAACUCACCCGGGUUUUUCCCAUUUGUGAUACGGCAUGAUCGUCGUCAUAGCCAACUUUAAUCCCAGGCUUUCUUCAUCCCCCGCUCCCUUACUCUCUCACGAUGGCCGAGGAGGAGAGCGUAAAGAAGCUACAUGAAUGGAUAAUCAUGCAGCGCAGAGGUCGUAAUAAAAUCCUAAGAGCAUCAAAGGAUCCUAUAGCACGAGCCCGGCUCUUUACCGAGAUCCCGUCCCCAAACCCCGUAGUACUCCACAUUUCAGAGUCCGAUCGUGUUUCGGCCUUAACUUCCCUUCCGGCGUUCCUCUUCAGCGGCCCCGCCGUAGAAUCCGGACAAACCCCUAUCUCUAUUCAGGGGUAUCGAUCCUUCCUUACCACCUUUCCUCCCGAGGUCCGGAACAUUAUUUACCACUACGCCAUAGGUUAUCCCACCUGUCGAAACCUUUACGACUAUUAUUAUGAUCAGAAAGAAAAGGCCAAGGCCAAGAUCGAGCUGCGACCACGCUCUGCUAAUACCAGAGUGUCGCGUCACUCCAAGAUUAUCCUCCGGACGCCUGCCAUACUUCUUCUCUGCAAGCAGAUUACCCGAGAAGUAUUAAGUUUCCUAUACCUCCAGCCCUUCGUUAUCGACCGCAUCCCGCCAUGGAUCAUGGGUAACUCAGCACCCCUUUCCAUAGUCAACUUCAUCAGCAGAGCAACCCUGCAAAAGCUUCGAUUCGUCCAAAUCAAAAUCUCACUCGGUGAUAGUAUCGAAUUUGGAAGUGGGAAGGUCUGGCUUAGGCUAUUGAAUGAUGUACUAGAUGCCUGGUCGGAACGCAACUCCCUUGUUCGAUUGGAAGUCAUGUUCAAACUUUCGCAUAUCACUAGGCCGAACAUAUGGACAUAUGAACUGGAGUAUUACGAGACGCUUGUUAACAAGCUUUCCUAUUUCGAGUUCAAACACGGAUCGAAGCCGAGCUUGAUCCGUUGGGAACAUUGGGUCAUAGAUUUCGGCUAUGCCUAUCGAGUCGGCCAUAGAAACCCCUUGAUUAGAGUACAUCCUGAUCCAUACAUAUGGCAGGGAAGCGUUAUCGAAUGGCUCUAAGCUGGCAUCAACUAUUUACGACUAAGACUAUGUGGCGUACUAUGGGAACCUAUAAUAUGGAGAGGGUUACGACCGUGACCGAGCGAGGUAAAGGGGAGAAGGAGUAAAAUUCACAGGCAUACUCGCAAACACAUACGGCGUUUGGAAGGCAUAUACCCAGGUUUUGAUUUGAUCAUUGCAGCAAGCAUGACUUUCCCUAAAUCGUCCCAGAACGCUUAUUCAUUCAAUAAAUUGCGCUGACUUAUCCUAAUAUUGGUAAUAAAGAACCUGUAGAAUCUUCGUACACUGCAUAUUCGACGUCAGGUAAUAAUACGUCU